AAGACUCUCCUAUAAAUCUCGGUAUUCUAAUUCCACCUAAUCCUCAUCUUAUUUCUUCACUCCUCUUUUACAUCCAAACCCCACCUUUCUUUCUUCCUUCCUACAAUGCUCAUCUUUCUUUUCUCUUCAAAACCAAACUAAACUAAACCCGUCUCUUAUAUUUUAGAACUCAGUUAGUUUACUUGCUUUUUUUCACUUUGUUUCAGCUUGUGUUUAGCUAAAGUCCUCAAACUAAGUCAAGCCCAAUUUUUAUCUAAAACACAUAUAGUUUGUCAACCUUUUUUUUUUUUCUUUUUUUCUUAAACUUUUUUCUACUUCACUCCCACUUAGUUUUAUGAUCAUGGGAGCUUUGUUCCUGAACUCUUCUUCCAUUUCUCCUGCUGUACUUGCAAGAGUGCCUGAAAAGCGUGGCUGUAGCCUUUCGAGGACGAAAAAUAUGAGCUUGGUGCGUUGCCAAGGUGGUGGGAAUGUCAUAAAGACUAGUGGAUCAUCGUCUUUUGUUUUGAGUCCAAGAGCAGCGGCAGCUGCUUCUUCUGCCAUGAGCACAGAUCAUGGAGCUGCUGUGGUUGUGGAAAAUGGGAGCUUGGUUUUGUCUCCCAAUGGGAAAACCCAGGCAGAGAAUAACAUUGCAGUGAAGGAAUUGGUCCCUUUUGGAGGAUCACAAUCGACCUCUUCCCUGGAAAUGCAUGAUGGUAUUGGAAUUGUAAGUUUUCUCCGAGGAAAAAGCUUUUUUGUAACUGGUGCAACCGGGUUUCUUGCUAAAGUACUUGUAGAAAAAAUGCUAAGGACAGUACCUGAUGUUGGUAAGAUAUAUCUCUUGAUCAAGGCCAAUAACAAGGAAGCUGCUAUGGGAAGGUUAAAAAAUGAAAUCAUAAACACAGAGUUGUUCAAGCGUCUCCAGAAAACCUAUGGAAAAUCUUAUCAAGCAUUCAUGUUGAGCAAAUUAGUUCCUGUAGUAGGAAAUGUAUGUGAUUCUGAUCUGGGACUAAGUGGCAAUAUGGCUGAAACUAUUGCGAAAGAAGUAGAUGUCAUUGUGAAUUCUGCAGCAAACACAACAUUUGAUGAAAGAUAUGAUGUUGCUUUGGCUAUAAACACUAAAGGGCCUUGUCACCUUAUGAACUUUUCUAAGAAUUGUAAGAAACUAAAGCUUUUCAUGCAAGUAUCAACAGCUUAUGUAAAUGGACAAAGACAAGGAAAGAUUAUGGAAAAGCAAUUUCGUAUAGGAGAAACCAUUUCAGGGGAGAACUUUGUUUCUGAAACGCCACCAGGAUUGCUUCCCAUACUUGAUGUUGAAAAAGAAAUACAACUGGCUUUGAACUCAAAGGAAGCUUUUGAAAACAAUGGUUUGGCACAAAAGAUGAAAGGGUUGGGUUUAGAAAGGGCUCAACAAUAUGGAUGGCAAGAUACUUAUGUGUUCACAAAAGCCAUGGGAGAAAUGAUGAUUGAUAGUAUGAGGGGAGAUGUACCAGUAGUCAUAAUCAGACCCAGUGUCAUUGAAAGUACUUUCAAAGAGCCAUUCCCUGGAUGGAUGGAGGGAAAUAGGAUGAUGGAUCCAAUAAUCUUAUACUAUGGUAAAGGACAGCUGACAGGUUUCCUAGUGGACCCAAAUGGAGUGCUUGAUGUGGUUCCAGCUGACAUGGUUGUUAAUGCAAUCUUGGCAGCCAUGGCAAAGCAUGGAUUGGCUCAAAAACCAGAUGUUAACGUUUACCAAAUCGCUUCGUCAGUUGUGAACCCUCUAGUCUUUCAUGACCUUGCUAGACUACUCUACGAGCACUACAACAACUCACCAUGUGUUGAUCCUAAUGGUAGACCAAUCCAUGUUCCUUCCAUGAAGCUAUUCCACUCAAAGGAAGAUUUCUCUGAACACCUUUGGAGAGAUACCGUUCAACGAAAUGGGUUAUUGUCUAUGGCUUCCUCAAAUAAAAUUCUGUCUCGGAAACUUGAAAUCAUUUGCAGAAAAUCAGUGGAGCAAGCAAAGCACUUGGCUAAUAUUUAUGAGCCAUAUACUUUCUAUAGUGGAAGGUUUGAUAACAGCAAUACACAGAGACUAAUGGAUAUCAUGUCCGUGGAAGAAAGGAGGAAGUUUGGGUUUGACGUGGAGAGCAUUGAUUGGUCAGAUUACAUCACAAAUGUCCAUAUUCCUGGUCUAAGGAGGCAUGUCAUGAAGGGUAGAGGGAUGCCUAGCUAGCUUGUUCUCUCAUCUUCCUUCUUUGAAACACAUAUCAAGUCCUGCAAAUGUCAUAAAUGAAUGUUGCUUCCUUGUUUCUUUUCGUUUUAAAUAUUUUCCCUUCUUCUUUUUCUUCUUCACACCUAUAAAGGUAUAAGAGGCAAAAAAGUGGUUGCCUUUACGUAAGUGUAAUUUAUAUAUCUUAUCAAACUUCUGUGAUCAUGGUGCUCUUUCAGUUCUUGUAAAUCUUAAUGAGGAUCUGGGGAGUUGUUUUGGAUUUCUAUAAAAAUAACAA